CCGGCGGAGCUCGUCCAUGGCCGCGGGGCGGUACCGGCCGUCACCGAGGGCGGCGCUGCCGACACGGAGCCGCCGCGCUGAGCCCCGCCCCGCGUGCGGCCCCGAGGUGGAGGCGGGCGGCGCCAUGGAGGAGCGGGAAGGCGGCUUCAGGAAGGACACGGUGGAGCGGCUGCUGCGGCUGCAUUUCCGCGACGGGAGGACGCGAGUUAACGGCGACGCGCUGCUGCUGAUGGCGGAGCUGCUCAAGGUCUUCGUGCGAGAAGCGGCGGCGCGAGCGGUGAGACAGGCACAGGGCGAGGAGCUGGAGAAGGUGGAUAUCGAGCACGUGGAGAAGGUGCUGCCCCAGCUGCUUCUGGAUUUCUAGAGACGUGGUGAAGCAGAAUUGACCUGGCAGAAGAUCCUGACCUGAUGCUCAGUCCAGCUCUUGGAAGAGCAGUGUCAGCUCCUUCCUCUGCCCUCUUGCUUCUGCUUCCCAUCUCCUUUACCAGGGCUCUGACGGCAGAUGCUGUUUUUGAACAGAGGCCGCCACUCACUGGGUUUAGGCUGUAACUGGUUUCCCUCUCGCUGCCUUCCUUCUCUAACGUGGUGCCUAACAGCGCUGUCAAAGCUGCCGUUGCUUUCUCAGCUAAUGUGAGAAACAGGUGCCGCUUUGCACGAUGAGAGGCAUGGAAAGACUUAAUGGCUGGAAAUGUCAUCCAAACAUCAGGCUCUCCUCAUCUCAGUGGGCGGCAGUGGCAGAAACUUCAGGUCCGGCUCCAAGGCUGGCUAAUGAAUAGGUUGUUAACAGCAGCUCCGUUACAGGCUCUUGCCAAAAGCAGGUAUCUGAUCUUUAUUUUAUAAAUAAACAGCGUCUGUCCUUCACUACCUUCCAGUAUUUCUGCAGGGCUGUGACAUCAAAGAGAGCUCAGAAACCUUUUAACCAUUUGAUAUUCUCCUCAGAAGCUGCUUCCCCCUCUGCUAUAAAUUUGUUCUCACAAAGAAACAUCAAUAAAUCAAAACCGAGGCUCCC